GUGGUUGAGCUAGUAUUCAAAUAACUAUAUUGAUAAAAGCGCUGGUUUCUUCUGGAACACAAAAAAUGGUUGCUAAUAUUGGGCUUAAAGUUGCGGGAGCUAUCCUUGUUGGAACUCUAGCAUCAAGUUAUCAUUCGUCAGUGGCAUGCUUAUCGACUUCUACUUUAUCCUCAAGGAAUCAAGCUUGCAUGAAUGCUGGUGAAGAUGUAACCCUCUUUGAUUUCACUGAUUCUAAUGCUGAUGUCAGUAAUUGGAUUGAAUCAUCUGACACAGUACGCCAGCCAGGAAUGUCAAAGGCUACAAUUCUGCUUCAGAAGGCACAACUCUUUCAGCGAGCAAUUUUCUUUGCUCUGCUCAAUCCUCAGCCCAAUGGAGCAGGAUUUGCUGGAGUUCGUACAGCAGUGGACUUUGAUUUGUCUGGUUUCUCUUCCAUAAGAAUGAAAAUAAGAGGACAAGGUCAAGCAACUAAUUUCAAAAUCAUUCUUAAGCAUCAUGGUGAAGUGGGUGAUGGAUCUCCAAGCUAUGAACAAUUUUUCACUGCUACAAAUGAAUUUCAAGAGCUAAAUCUACCACUUAACAAAUUCCAACCCUAUUGGAGAGGCCAACCAUUGCAGAAUGCAGAACCUCUAGAUAGCACCAACAUAACCAGUUUUGGCUUUCAAUACUAUGGUGGAGUUUAUGAAGAGCAUAAACAGUCUGGACCAGCAACUUUAGAAAUUGAUUGGGUUAAGGGAUCCAUUUAGAUUUGAAAAUUAUCAAAGAAAAACAAUGCUGUCUCAUUGCCAUUUUUCCAAUGUAAUGUGACAAUUGCAACAUCCAAAUUAUUUUGCGCAGAUCCAGCGCACUUGUUAUUUUUCAAGUUUAAAAUACAUUUUUUAACAAUCAA